CAGUAUACAUUAACAUACAUAUAUACAUACGUAAACAUUCUCAAAAAUUAAUAAUUACAAAAAAAUAUCAAAUUGUCAGGGUUAUAAACACUUUGCUUAGUAUUUCGCAACGUGUUCUAAAAAUUGUUUUUCAAAUUCUUCUAUCUCAGUGACUACACACACAUCAUAAAUAAACUAAUUGAAUUAUUUACGGAUUGCAAAUAAAAAAAGGGUUAAUUUUGAAAAUGGAAGUUGUAAUUAAUCGUGGAUUGAGAUUAACCGCGACAUUGUUUAAAUCUAAUUCAUCAUUUUUAAUUAACAAUGGGUUCCUAUCAACUCGUUGUUUAUGCUGCUGCACAGAUCCAAAAUUAUGGAUGUUCAAAAACAAUGAAAAUAAUGCUCAUUACAGGACUGCAUUGCGUAGUUACUUUUUAUUCUCACAUGAUAACUUUGUAUGUCAAAGAAAUUUCAAAGUUAACAGACAUGACACUAUCUUGGCAUACUCCAUUGAUUCACAGAAAAAACCUAACGAUGAAAGUAAUAUACCAUUACCGGACAAAAAAUUAUCCAUAUUUCAAAGGAUGAAACAAUUGACCAAAGAUUAUUGGUAUAUAUUAAUGCCAGUACAUAUAGUUACCUCCAUGGGUUGGGUUGCAAUAUUUUAUGUUAUUGUUAAAAAUGGUGUAGAUGUUGUCUCUAUAAUGGAACAUUUAAAUUUAAGUGAAAAGUAUUUAGACAUGUUACGCAAUUCAGGUGCCGGUAACUGGGCUAUUAUUUAUGCUCUUUACAAAAUAUGCACUCCUGCCAGAUAUGCAGUUACCAUAGGUGGAACAACUAUGUCGAUUAGAUAUCUUAAUAGAUUAGGAUACCUCAAAGCAUCGUCUUUCAAAAAAGCAGCAACAACCUCUGCGGACGAAACUCUACGUAGAACAGUCGGGAAAAUGUACGGCAAAGCACAAACCCGAAUUUAAAACAGAAAAACAAACAGAACCACCGAAAACAUAAUAUUGUUAUUGUUAUUGUAUUGUAUUUAAACAAAUGUGUAUCUUGAUACGCAAAUUAGACAUUUUUACGUUUUCAAAUUCUUUAAACGCAGCUUAUUGUUAAUGUAAUAUUAAUUUCAUGUAAAUGUGAUUCAUUUUUAAUGUUACAAUAAAGUCUCGGAUCAAUA